UCCCUCCGCCCUCUUCCUCUUUCUCCCAAGCGCCUGGGACCCUCACUGCUCCCAGGACAGCUGUUGAAUCUGGACGAGCAGUGAGGAGUUCCGUUUUCCGAUGCUUUCUGCGUUCCUGGCUGCUUGCUGUGGCUGCUGAAGGGGCCGCCGCCUUCCACCGUUUACACAGCCUCAGGAAAAGAAAGGAACUUCAUACGUUCCAGAUCGCUUCCUCUCGUAGGAAACUGCUGAGCACAGCCUUGACUAGAAUCUAGCAUUACAGAAUGCCGAAGCUGGAAAAGACCUUAAAGACUGAGCAUUCAACACCCUCCUUGUCCACCUGUGGAAAAUGAGACCCUCAGAAUUAAAUGAGUUGCCCUAGACAAGAUUGGAACGCAUGUGGCCUAAUUUACAUCCUGACUCUCUACCAUCCACUAGCCUCUGGCUAGUUUCCAAGGAAUAAAGAUGGCCGCUGGACCAGUAGAAGACAAUUGCAUUAGCUUGGUGGAAAUGAAAUUUAUUGACAACACACUUUACUUUGUAGCUGAAAACGAUGAAAACCUGGAAUCAGAUUACUUUGGCAGGCUUGAACCUAAACUCUCAAUCAUACGAAAUUUGAACGACCAAGUUCUCUUCAUUAACCAGGGAAAUCAACCUGUGUUUGAGGAUAUGCCUGAUUCUGAUUGUACAGACAACGCACCCCAGACCGUAUUUAUCAUAUAUAUGUAUAAAGAUAGCCUCACUAGAGGUCUAGCGGUAACCAUCUCUGUGAAGUGUGAGAAAACGUCUACUCUCUCCUGUAAGAACAAAAUUAUUUCCUUUAAGGAAAUGAGUCCUCCUGAGAAUAUCAAUGAUGAAGGAAAUGACAUCAUAUUCUUUCAGAGAAGUGUUCCAGGACAUGAUGAUAAGAUACAGUUUGAGUCUUCACUGUAUAAAGGAUACUUUCUAGCUUGUGAAAAAGAGAAUGAUCUUUUCAAACUCAUUUUGAAAGAAAAGGAUGAAAAUGGGGAUAAAUCUGUAAUGUUCACUGUUCAAAACCAGAACUAGAUAUUAAAAUUGCAUAGUUGAAACUUUC